GUUCUGGCAGUCACAUUAUUCAUCAGCGACGGCGUUGCGAUUGUCCGUCCGUCUGCUCGUGCAAGCGCCGCUAGAGCUAGUUGACAUGGCCACCGUGAACGAGCACGUCCUGCUCGCCGAGGAGGAGGAGGAGGGCGACGAGAGUGGGAGCGACAUGGAGUUCGGAUGGGAGGAGGACGACGAGAGCGGGAGCGACAUGGAGUUCGGCGAGUUCGAUCUGAGCGGCGCGCGGAACCUGCAUGCCCAGCAGACCGUCGCCGGAUACGAGGAUGACGACGACGAUGAAGACGAGUGCGGCGCCCAAUUCUCGGUACGCCCUUACCUCGGCGGCACGCUCGCCCGAGAGGCAGGGAACCUGCAGCUGUCAGGAUUCGCGGCGCGCUCCGACGGCCCCGAGCUCACCGACCAGCACGAGCUGACGUCGUACGACAUGCGGCACCUCGUGCACCUGGCGUUGGAGGGAGGCGGGAGCAUGGAGGACGACGAGGCCUACCAGAGAGCGCUGGCCGGCGGCACGCCCGUGUCGCGUGUCUCACGCGCCGCCAUGGUCGACCAGGCGCUGCAGUCCGCGAACCACCACCAGCAGCUGUCCAAGUCGCCAAGCCAGAUCUUUCCGAUGCGAACCGGGUUCUGAAUGCGUGUCGGAUUGGAACUCGAUUUUUUACUCCUCUUUAGUCGCCGCGUUGUGUAACUGUUCCUGUGAAAGAUGAAACACGUUCGACCAAAUUCUAUGUAUGAUCUGAUUAUGUAUGUA